GCAGGGGUAAGGGGUAAUUUUGGAAUGGGUCACGUGAAUAAGGUCAACAUCAAUUCUCAACCUUGGAAGCGCUUCCACAAUCAAUGUAAUCCGAAAACGAGCAAUGGAAACACCACACCUGACAAGCCUUCGUGCUGAUUUCCGGUUUCUCUCCGAUCCCAAAUUCCGUCGCAAUACUGAUAAAUCCGUCCAGGUAUUUUUCAUCUCAUCUAUCUAUCGUCAUGCCCGCUAAGAGUCCACUUCGGAUCUUUUUCGAUCUACAGUACCUACCCGUACGCUCCGUACGGCCCUACCCGGCAUCGGGUUCGUCGAUUUUCACAACCGAGGCUUAAAUAACCUUAAUUUCUUACAUUCUCGUCUUCGUGUCCUCCAUCAAACGGGAACAAUCCAUCAUUUGACAAAAGAGGAAAUAGAUGAGAACAGACCGUGCCCCAAGCGAACGCUACGCCUCAAGGGAGAUCCCAAUCACUUAGCGUCGACAUUCGCAACGUAACUGUGCACGUCUCACAUUUGAACCAAUCGUAUUACGAACUACAUCGUCCCAGGCCUAAUGAACGUGAGGGUUCAGUGGGGUUCAACUCUGUAUUCCACGGAGAACCUCCAUCCCAUGUAAACCUUACUACUCUUUACGUUCAUUAUGCCUGGGACGAAGUACACAAACAUUUCAAAACGCCUGGCUGUAGCCGAGGUUUCUUCCAUGACAACCCCCAACGAGCUUUGUGCAGUAUGUCGUUUACUGUAGGGGACUGGCUGCACAGAGGCUCGCAACGAUUGACGCGAUGAUUGACUCAAACGCGGCUCCCCAGAUCGAUUCAUCCCAUCUCCAGCGUAAUGCCUUGCAAGAGUCCGAAUUCUAGACUGGCGUUGUUAGAAAAUGUAUAUAUACCCGAAUGAAUUCCUUCUUCCAGUUUCGACUCAGAUAAUGCCGCUUAGAUCAUUGCAAUAGAUGAUUUCACCAACAGACCGUCACCAUGCACUCAUCACUUCAAUUACCCCUCCUUCUUUUGGGGCUCCCCCUUGUCAGUGGUAGUCCCGUAGGCGGCAACAUAGGUCCCGUCAGUAUGCAGGACAUAGGGAACCUACGAGUUGGAGAGGUUGUAGACCCCAUUGAGCGCAGAGCAGCAGGAGACUUCAACGACCUAGGCGGGCCUUGCAAAGCGGUCACUAUUCUCUUCGCCAAAGGCACAACCGAGACUGGAUUGGCAGGAACUCUGGCAGGACCACCAUUCUUCGACGCCGUGUCACAACAAAUGGGAGCUGGAAACGUUGCCGUGCAAGGAAUCGACUAUGCAGCAGAUGUUCAGGGUUUCGUGGCAGGUGGUGAUAAAAAAGGAAGCGCCUUGAUGGCAACUUCAACCAAGAAGGCGUUGAGUUCUUGUCCAGAGAGUAAGGUUAUUAUGUCGGGCUACAGUCAGGGUGGUCAGUUGGUUCACAAUGCUGCGACUAUGUUGAGUCCAGCUGAGCAGCAACAAGUCGCUGGAGGUAUGUCCAAAACUUUCUCCCUCUAUCUCUCUGCCUCUACUAAUUCCCAUUCAGUUGUCAUCUUCGGAGACCCAUUGAACGGAAAAGCUGUCGGUUCGAUUCCAGCAUCAAAGACCAAGAUCAUCUGCCACAAUGGAGGUAUGUCCCCUUUGAAUUCCUAUAUAUCAUCUGUCGCUAAAUUUUCCAGACAAUAUCUGUGAGGGUGGAAGUCAAAUCAGACAAGCACAUCUUACCGUAAGCAAACCUUUUCGCUUCCUAGCUCAAUUUCAGUGUCACUGACCUCAACCCACAGUAUCGUAACGACGCAGGAGCAGCUGCGCAAUUCGUUGCCACAAUGGCUAAGUCUGCCGCUGGAGCCGCUCCUAAACCCGCUGGCGCACCUGAUGCCGCACCCGCACCCACUGCACCCCCAAAGCCAGCUGGAUCCGCACCCCCUAAGCCCGCUGGAACCGGGGCCGCUAAGCCUCAGCCUUCAGGGUUAUAAGUUGACCAAAUCCAAAUUGGAAAUUGAGCACAAGCAUGAGAUCAUAUCCUCAUUAUCAUACCAGAUCUGUUCUAUGUUGUAGAGCAACUUGAGGUUGCCUUAGCUACGACCUGUUUUCUUUUCUUUAUCUAGCGCCUUAGCGAAUAUCCAAGUUUUUG